AUGGCAGGAGUCGUCAUCUCAGCACCCCAAGACUCGCCCUUCCAACCCGGCGAUGAAGUAUACGCGCACACAAACUAUAUCCGACCAGGAAAUGCACGCGAGUAUUCCAUCGCGGUGACAGAUGAGCUGACACACAAACCAAAGAGUCUAAGCUGGGUCCAGGCUGCUGCGAUUCCUGUCUCUGCGCAGACGGCUUGGCAGGUUCUUUUUGUUCAUGCCCUUGGUACCCAAGGAAGUGAGCGAGAGAUGGAUCUGGAGGCUGCCAAGGUUGUUUGGGUGGGGAAGGGAGUUCUUGUUACCGCUGCUUCGGGUGGUGUGGGGAUUUGGCUUGUGCAGUUGGCGACGUUGCUUGGUGCGGAGGUCGUGGCGACGUGUGGUUCUCGGAAUGUGGAGCUUGUGAAGUCGCUUGGUGCGAAGGAGGUGCUUGAUUACCGGGUUGUGGAUUUGAAGGAGUGGGUUGCGCAGUCGCCUUCUAAUAAGGUGGAUGUUGUUAUUGAUUGUGCUGGGAGGGAGGCUCUUGGGGAUGCGUGGUGGACUGUUAAGGAUGGGGGUGUGGUGCUGAGUAUCUACCAGCCGCCUUUGCAGGUCCGUCCGGAUGACUUUGAGGGCGAAUGUGUGAAGGAUUUGUUCUUUGUCAUGCAGCCUGUGAGGAGACAGUUAGAGGAGAUUUCGAAGUUGGUUGAGAAGGGAUUGUGUCAGGGAUUGGUGGAUAGUGUUUGGCCUCUUGAGAAGUACGAAGAGGUAUUCAAGAGAUUGGAUGGAGGGCAUGCGAGGGGGAAGAUUGUUUUUGAUCUGUCGCUGAAUUCCUAUGUUGUAGAAGGCUGA